CCCUCCCCGCCCCGAGAGCCGCGGGCUCCGGACCCGGAGCUGUUGUUGGCCGCGCCGGCCGCUCGCGCUCACCUGGGCGCCCCAACUCCUACUUUCCACCUCCCCCCCGAGUCCUCGCAGGGCCGCCGGCCGCUUGCAGGAGCCGCGGCCGCCCCCGCGCCUCGGGCCGCGCGGCGGGGCGGGGGUCGUGCCCUCGGCGCCUCGGAGCCGCGGCGCGCGUCCGGGUGGACGUGGUGGGCCGGGGCGGCCCGAGGUGAGAGUCCGGCCGGCCCCGCUGGGAAUAUGGCGACCGGUGGCUACCGGGCCGCGGGCGGCAGCACCACCGACUUCCUGGAGGAGUGGAAGGCCAAGCGCGAGAAGAUGCGCGCCAAGCAGAACCCCCCGGGGCCGGCCGGCGGCGGCGACGCGGGGACCGGCCCGGGGGUCGCCGCCGCCACCGCCGCCGCCCACGAGCUUAACAACAACCUCCCCGGCGCCGCCGCACCUGCCGCCCCCGGGGGCGUGAACUGCACCGGGGGCCCCGCGCCGCCCCCGGCCCGCGCCGCCGCCAGCCCCCGGCGGCCGGAGGACGAGCCCGCCGCCGCCGCCGCCGCCGCCGGGGUGUCCGGGGCAUCCCCUGUCCCGGGCGACGAGGAGGAGCGGGACGGCGGCCCCGAGAAGGGCAAGAGCUCGGGCCCCAGCGCCAGGAAGGGCAAGGGGCAGAUCGAGAAGAGGAAGCUGCGGGAGAAGCGGCGCUCCACCGGCGUGGUCAACAUUCCCGCGGCCGAGUGCUUAGAUGAAUAUGAAGAUGAUGAAAUGGGGCAGAAAGAGAGAAAACGAGAAGAUGCAAUUACACAACAGAACACGGUGCAGAAUGAAGCUGUGAGUUUAUUAGAUCCAGGCAGUUCCUAUCUUCUACAGGAGCCAUCUAGAACUGUUUCGGGCAGAUAUAAAAGUACAACCACUGCCUCUGAAGAGGAGGUCCUGAGCAGACAUCCCCGAACAGAAAGAAGUGGGUUCAGCAGAUACAACAGAGAUGCAAAUUCUUCAAGUAAUUUGGUCUCAAGCAGCUCAUUGGAAAAGAAAAUUGAAGAUCUUGAAAGGGAAGUAGUAAGAGAAAGACAAGAAAAUUUAAGGCUCGUAAGACUAAUGCAAGAUAAAGAGGAAAUGAUUGGAAAACUCAAGGAAGAAAUUGAUUUGUUAAAUAGAGAUCUAGAUGACAUAGAAGAUGAAAAUGAACAACUAAAGCAAGAGAAUAAAACUCUUUUGAAAGUUGUUGGGCAGCUUACAAGGUAGAAGAUUGAAGACUCAUUAUGGAAAUAUAUUUUAAAACUACUGAUUGAAUGUUUAGUUAAUUUUAGGACAAUAUUCGUGUGCUGCAAUACAUUAAACUAAGUAUGUAUAUUUAUUUUUAGAAACCGUGGAUGUUUAUUUUUAAGAUGCUUCUUUCUUUUUCACUGUUUCAAAAAUAUCAACAUUUUAUUCUUGAAUAAGUAACCUCUUUCAGUUAUUAAAAUGAUAGGUUAUGUCUUGUGGUUUUAUGUGGUAUUCAGAUAAUAUAUGGUUUAAAGUCACAACCAUUUGAAUAUAUUUUCUCUACAGUAGUGAAGUUUCUCCCUAAAGAAAUAUUCAUAGUCUUUGUUUACAUGAAUACAAACACUUUUGGAUGUGACCUGCAAAUGUUUUCUGUUGAUGUAACCUUUUUUGUGUUGAUGAUUUACAUAUAAAGGUCGCUGUGUACUGUUGUUCUUUCAACUUUUUCUAAGCAAUGUAGAAUACUAUAGAGUUACACUGUUUUAUAUAACAGUCAUCUUUCAAAAGAAAAACUAUUAUAAAGACUCACUUUGGAAGAAAAACUAUUAUAAACACUCACUUAGUAUCCUGUACUAGUUGGCUAAAUAUAAAAUGUAAAAGAAUACUUGAAUUGUGCUUUAAUAAAUUAAAAUGCUAUUUUGUAUUUGAAUAUUAAAGAAAAUUUAAAAUUCAGUUUCUGGAAUACAAAAUUAUAGAUUCACUAUAAAAUUUCUUAUGUAGGUACUACGUUUUUAAAUUAUUCAAGGUUUAUAAGUGAACAUGGGACAUACAAAAACUUAUUCAUCAAACCUGGAGAAAUACAUAGUUUCACUACAUAAGAAAAAUCCAUGUUUUAAGUUAUUACAUGCAGGGCAAUUAAACAGAAGUAUUUAGACUACAUUUAAAACAACUAUACUUAAUUCGAAACAAAGUACAUUAACAUAAAUAGUUCUGAAAUAUUUUGCUUGGUUGGAAUAUCACUGAUACAGGUAUUUCACAUAAGAAUUAGUCCACUAAUUCAAAUAUAAGGUAUUUCUUCCUAACGCUUGGAUUUUCUUUUAAAAAGCCAUUUAAAAGAGUUGCACAAAAUUUUCUCUUCUGUUGAUAAUUUGUGUUUAAAAUUCUUUUAUAUCACAUUUCUAUAUUACAUUUCUGUAGUUCAUAAAGGAACUCCCUCUUCAAAACACAUAAAGGCCUACCCAAUUGUUGACUUUUUAUCCAGUGACAUCAGUGCAUGUAUGUACUAUUUUGGGUAUGCGGCUGACUGUCUCAUUUCCAAAACCCCUUGAUUAUUGACUAUUAGGAAAAUAAAGGAGGGUAAAAUAAUUUAAAAAUUUAGAAUAAAUGUUAACUUCUAAAACUUUUAGCAGUUAUGUAGAUUGAGUUCCUUUCUACCCUUUUCUCAAGUUUCCACCUUGGCUUAUUUUCACAACCCCUUGGGUUGCUUAAAAACAAAUUCCUGUGGCCGGAGUAAUAGCACAGCGGGUAGGGCCUUGCACGUGGCCAACCUGGGUUCGAUCCCCGGCAUCCCAUAUGGUCUCCCCAGCACCGCCAGGAGUUAAUUCUUGAGUGCAUGAGCCAGAAGUAACCCCUGUGCAUUGCCGGGUGUGACUCAAAAAAGAAAAAGAAAAAAAUCCUGGCUGUAGCUUCUAUAGAUAGCUUUUUGUGAGACUUUGUACAGAAAUUUUAAAGCUCACUAUCAACUGUCUGAUGAAUUUGAUCUUCAUCUAAGUUUACAGACAACUGAUAUUACCUCUUUCCACCUAUCUCCAUUGGAGACCCUGAAUUUAACAUUUUUUUGUUUUUGCCCUGUUUAUUUACUAAUUAACCUUGUCUCCAGGGACGUUUUCAGGUGUCCAUAUGUAUUUACCCAAAAGUUCAGUCUUUGAUUAGCAAGCUUAUUAAUAACUGCAAUCACUGAAUAAAGACAUCUGCUUGGGAGGUUAGCCAGCAUGGGGAUAUUCAGCGGUUUGCUGCCCACAGGACACGUCAGAGUGGUGUGCCAGGGUCAGACAUUGCCACCUACUGUGAGGUACUCCUCUCCCUUCGCUUACCUUUAUGUAUAUGCAGAAAUACCAAUAUUGCCUCAUUCCUGACUCACAUUUUGGAUAUGAAAAUUACAUCAGUGCCCAGCCUGAAAUGUUAAUCAGUAUGCUGGUUUUUUUUCCCCCAGUGAGAGAAGUAAUUUGAAAUUUCUGUUUAAUCCACAUAUAAGUAGAAUUUCACUUCCUCCUUAAAAAAAUCUUACCAGUUUUAACUUUUUUAAGAGUGAGUUGUUUUUAAAUUUUUCCAUUACUUUGGUUUAUCAAAAACAUUCUCAAUAGUGGUCUUCUACUUAGUGGUGCCUUGUACAAAUAAUAGGAGGCUGACACUCAAGCAAUGCUGCUUCCAAUUCUCAAGACAUGUAUUUCCAGCACAUAUUUUUACACUGAAUAUUGAAAAAUUCAGUCAAUUCUGCGGCAGUUUCCAGUAAAUUUAUUUUUUAAGUUGAGGUUUUUAAAAGAUUACUUAAGUACAUGUGUGCUACUAAGAAAACUUGGCUAUUGUCAGUGACGUAUGCUAGUACUUGUGGAAUGGUUAGUCCAAUUCUUAAAUAUUUUUAUAUCUCCUGGAAUUUGUGGCCUAAUAAAGCAUAUCCAAACUUUU